AUGAAUACAGUCCUUACCAAGUACUUUGGUGAAAUCCCCAGGACAGAAGUCAACGUAGCUGAACAUAUUAUCCGUGCUCACCAGGACGCUAAAAUGAGAGUGAUGACCUCUCAAAUCAACGUCCUUGAAGCUCUAAUCGAUGAAGAAAUGUUGGUCGAUCAAGCUUUGAGAGAGGCUGAAAAAGUUGUGGUUUUCUUUGCAUCCUUGUUUUUCCCUUCUUACGACGCUUUGGAGUUUGACGUCGGUGGCAACGACGGCUGGGUUUUAAACCCUUCUGAAAGUUAUAGCCAUUGGGCUGCCCGUAUGAGAUUUCAAGUUAACGACACUCUAUUGUUUAGGUACGAGAAAGGACGCGAAUCGGUGUUGGAGGUUGGCGAGGAAGAUUAUGAAAAAUGUAACGUCGAAAAUCCCAUGAAGAAAAUGGAGGAUGGGUAUUCUGUUUUGGAGUUGGAUAGAUCUGGGCCGUUUUAUUUCAUUUCUGGGAUUCAACAAAACUGUGAAAAUGGACAAAAAAUCGUUGUGGUUGUUCUUGCUCCCAAACACCAUAAUGCUCCUCCGCCGCCGCCGUCAACUGGCGGCGAUGCUCCGCCUAAAGGCUGUUCCUCAACGGCUUCGCCGGCCGGCGUGGCUCCCUGGGCUAGUCCUCACCGUCCCAGCGCCGCUCCGCCUAAAGGGCCUUCUGGCAGUGCUCCGGCGGGUUCUCCGCCGGCGUUUAAUGCACCGGCAAAGCCUCCGGCGCCGGCGGGGACGCCCGAACCACCUUCGCCGGCUUAUUCUGAAACUCCUUUACCAACGAUACCAGUGUCGCCGGCGAAAUCUCCUCCGGCUGGAGGGGGUUGUAACGGUUCGAGUAUCCGAAGCGAUCCGGCGAAUGUUCAUAACUCGCCGGCGAGUUCACCUCCACAGUCAACGUCAGCAGCAACAGCGGCAAUCCAUCUUUCAGCCAUAUUGGUUCCUACCUUCAUACUUACUAUGUGUUUUGCUUUUGGAGAACUUAUUAUUUUUUGUUAA